AUAUUUAUAAAUCUAUAUAUACAUUGAGAGAUCUAGACAAUGCGCAUAAAAGGGCAUCGCGGGCUCCCGUCCUUUCACUUCCGGGUGCUGCGUCACGACGCAAGGGGAGCGUCACGCCCGGCGUGCCGCGUCAUAACUUCCAACACAACCCGCCGCUUCCUGGCCGGCGCAGGCACGCGCCUCAGGACUGAACCGUUACCCGGACCUCCUCAUCACCAUCACCGCCACUCCCCGGUUCCUCCGACCGCUCCGCGAGGAACCGCCGCCGCCGGGAUGAGUGAAUGAAAGGGCCGUGAUCGAGGAAGAGGUCCCGGGACUCAGGUGCUCGCGCCAGGGUCGGGGGGGGGGGGGCUGAGGCGCUGCCGUGGUGAUGGUGUUGGACUCGGGUGAAGUCAUCAUGGAUCAGCUCGAGGUUGAACGUGUCGGGGGCAGCAGGGACCCGCCGGAUCCAGAUGUGCGGGCGUCCAAAAGGGGCGACGGUGCCUCGAAGGAGAAGGUGCCCCACAACGGACUUCCGGCCCAGACGCGCGGCGGCCAGGCGGCACAGAAGAGGCCGUCGUUGUCGUCCUCCCGGAGAGGCGGAGACACGCCGAGGCCGCCGCUGCGUCGCCCGCUCAGCCUGGAGAUAACGCCCCAGCGCCUGCGAUGGUCUCCGGAGCAGUUGGCCAACGGGCGCGUGAUGCAGCCGCCCUGGCGGAGCGGCUCGGCCGCCCCGUCGGCCCCGGCCCGCGGGCCCUAAGCAGCCUCGCCGCCGGCGGCUGGGAUGCGCCGGAGCGAGAGCACCCGCUCCGUUAACUGCUCCCCGGGGCUCCCGGUCGGCGGGGGCCGGAUGAGGCCCGCCACCUCGCUGCCGCACAUAGCAGGAGGAGAGGUCGGCCGGACGCCGGCUCCGCCCUCCAGGCCGUGUCUGCUGGUCGCCCUCAGGCCGUUGAACCUGGAGCAGGAGAAGCAGACUUUCUUCCAGUCCAACUACGAGUACGAGCCUCAGUUUGAGUACUCGCAGCCAGAGCCCAGGAGCGUGUUGGAGAAGUACCAAGAGGGUUCAGGCCUCUUCCUGCAACAGGCGGUGGGAAUCAUGGAGUGCGUCCUGAAGAAGUUCGGCUCCUAUGAGAACUUCGAGGAGGUGACGGGCGGCAGCGUCCUCCCUAAGAGUCAGGUCUGGGCCGCCGUGCGCAAAUACCUGCAGAAGGAAGGCUGCGUGGGAGAGGUGGUUGUGCGGCUGUCGGACGAGCUGCUGUCCCAGGCGGUGAUGGUGGUGGAGAGCUGCCGUCCCACGCUGACCAUCAACCUGGCCGGAGCGCGGCAGCACUGGCUGGAGGGGAUGCUGCGACACGAGAUCGGGACGCAUUACCUCCGAGGGGUGAACAACAACCUGCAGCCGUGGGCCACCGCCGAGGGCAGGAAGCGCUUCGGCCUCAAACCCGCCAACCCCACGGAGGAGGGCCUGGCCAGCCUGCACAGCGUGCUGCUACGGAGACAGCCCUACCUGUGGCGCGCGGCGCUGCUGUACUACACGGUGUACCACGCCACCAGCAUGAGCUUCAGCCGGCUCUUCGGCCACAUCGCUCGCUUCGUCCAGGACCCGGACGUCCGCUGGGAGUACUGCCUGAGGGCCAAGCGGGGGCAGACGGACACCUCGCGGCCAGGUUGCUUCAGUAAAGACCAGGUUUAUCUGGACGGGAUCCUCCGAAUCCUCCGACACCGAAGGAACAUCGACUUCAAGAUGUUGACGUCUUUAGGGAAGGUGUCUUUUGAAGACGUGGAGAUGUUGCGUCCUCUGGUGGUCCUCCCGCGGACCAGAAUCCCCCACUUCAUGCGAGACCAGGGGCGCUACCUGCAGCACCUGGAUCACAUCGUCACCACCAACGACCUGGACGACUCGGCGCUGCAACACCUGCUCCCCUGACCCCUGACCCCCCUCCUCCCCCAGGAGGUACACGCGGUGCAUCUAAUGUCACAACCAGUAUUAUCAACGCUUCGUUUGAGCAUUUUUAUUUUAUUUUUGUACUCAAACAAAAAGGGACGCACACACUUACACCUGUAGUUACAUUUUGUCUUUUGUCCAAUGCAUGUCCCCCCCCCCCCCAUCUUUGCUACUACUAUGAAGUUACCUCAAUACUGCAACUACGAUGUAACCAACAUUAAAUAUGUAAACUCGUACAUAAUCACUGCAUCCGCCGCCUGUACAGGACACGCUAACGUACGGAUUUAAUUGUGCUUCAUUUAUGCAAAUAUUUUUUUUUUUUUUACUUUGGAAGAACAAACUGAAUGUCUCUGGUAUUAGUUUUAUACUUUUUAUCUUGUUUAAUGCCUUACGUUGUUUGCAUUGUUUUAAAAGGACACACACUAAAUCAAGUGCCAGUGGAGUCAAACGUUUUUAAAAUGAGUGUUAUUACGAAGACGAUAAUGAGCUGCUUGUUAUCGACUUAUUAGUGUCCUUGGUGCUCUUUGCGGAUCGAUGCGCUACUGUGACGUGACCCCCCUCUGGCAGAGGACAUGAUUUCUUGCAGAAAGCCAGAUGAGAAGCUCAACAGCCACUCGGUAUGUAGCAUUAAAUUAGGAGUUAAAUCGGCUUCAUAUUUACACAUCGGGCUCUAAAUUAAUACAACUAAAACCACAAGAAUAAGGAAAUAGUUAUGACGUUAGCAUAUCCGGCUAGUAGCUGAGCUUGACUCACAUUGUCUGACACUAGAAAGACUAGUGAAGGGAAAACCCUCAUGAGGCUGAAAAUCUUCUCCUUACUCUCUGCAACAAAGCCAAUAAGCGCAUUUCCCAAAAUAUCAAGCUGCUUUUAACGUGAAGAUCAUCUGCAAUAGUGCCAUUUAUUUUUCGUCCCCGGGGACACUGACUGAUGGCGUUUGGGGGAAUUUGUGGGCGUGUCUUUCUAUGGGCGUGUCCGCAGGCUUCUUUUUGCUAUGGUUGACCCUUGACCCUGUUUUAUGAGCGAGACGGCUCAGUCCGGGUUUUGACUUACAAAAAAAUAGGGGGGAGAGAAGAGUGACAAUUGUAAAUUAUACUUCUCUAAAAAUGCUGAAUUAGAUUAGAAAUUGAUUGUACCUUGUUUACAAUUUAAGCCAUUCAAAAAAAUGAAAAACAAAGGCGCUCAUCUGUCACGCACGAAUGUUGCACAAGUUUUUGUGUUCUGGAAAUAAACUUGAAGUUCCAGUUUAUUUAUUAAAAAGUACACACUCAA